CGUGACUCUUUCAUCCCAGACUCUGCCACCCUCUCACGUCCAGUAACUCUGUUCUAGGUUCUUACCAGUGGCGGGCAGGCGGCCGGGGACUGUCUCCUGUGCGGUCUGAGAUGCGGCUGAACUGAAGACAGUCGUAAAGCGCGUUGCUGCAAGUUUUGGCGGUACGGACCGGUGCCGGACGUGCGGGUCUUCGCUGACUUUGCUUGCACCUCUUGUAGAAAUAAUGUGGAUAUCUGGAACCCAUGUCGCACAUCUAUGAAGAGAGGCAGACGAUGAUCGCAGCAGGGGAUUUGCAGGAGUUUGUUCCUUUUGGCCGUGACCACAGCAAGCAGCACCCCAAUGCCCUGAACCUGCAGCUCCGGCAGCUGCAGCCCGCCUCCGAGCUCUGGUCCUCCGACGGGGCCGCGGGCCUGGUGGGAUCCCUGCGGGAAGUAACCAUCCAUGAGAAGCACAAGGAAAGUUGGCAGCUGCGGAGGGGUGUUGGUGACCCCAGUGAAGACGUGGAGUAUGAUGAAGAGCUCUAUGUUGCUGGGAACAUGGUCAUCUGGAGCAAAGGAAGUAAACUCCACGCGUCUGCAGUGUAUAAAGCCUUCACCGUAGACAGCCCGGUUGUCCAGGCUCUUUGGUGUGACUUUACUGUAUUUGGUACUAAAUCCGAAAAUGAAGAAAGUGAAGAUAGAGUAGAGAAAUGUAUCUGUAUCCUGCAAAGCUCCUGCAUCAAUGUCCACAACACAGAUGGGAAGGAUUAUAUUGCACCUCUGCCUUUUCAGGUUGCUAAUGUUUGGCCCACAAAAUAUGGCUUACUGUUUGAGCGCAACAGCUACUCACAUGAAGUGCCACAAAGUCCACCAAGGGAACCAUUGCCAACAAUGUUCAGCAUGUUGCAUCCAUUAGAUGAAAUCACUCCUCUGGUCUGCAGAUCGGGAGGUAUAUUCGGCAGCACUCGAGUUCAGUAUGUUUCUGACCACACUUUGAGGAUUGUUUUCACCAAUGCUGACCCUUCCAUAGUGAUGACGUAUGACACUGUGCAGGGCUCACAUAUGGUAUGGGCUUUAAGGAAAGUGAAAUCUGAGGAACAGAAUGCAGUCUUGAAAUAUUCUGAUCAUUUGGGUACCCCACUGCAUGGGAUGAACAGCUCGCUGACAGCCCACCUGCGCAGUGUGUCCAAAGGAGAAUCCCCAACAGUGUCUCCUUUCCAAAACUAUUCCUCCCUCCACAGCCAGAGUCGCUCAGUGUCUUCUCCGAGUAUCCACUCACGCUCUCAUUCCCCCUCUAUUUCCAAUAUGGCUGCACUCAGCCGUUCUCAUUCACCUGCCCUAGGGGUGCAUUCGUUUUCCGGUGUACAGCGAUUUAAUUUCUCAAGUUACAGUCCAUCACCAAAGAGGCUAGGAACUUCCCAUUCCCCCAACAGCACUUCUAGUGAUUUCCUCUGUGCAGAAACCGAGCCCAUUGUUCCAGAACUCUGCAUUGAUCACCUUUGGACUGAGACCAUUGCAAACACAAGGGAAAAGAACUCUCAGGCUACAAAAGUAUUUAUGACAACAGAUUUGUGUGGACAGAAGUACCUGUGCUUCCUUGUGGAGUCCCAGCAUCAGCUGAGAAUGGUGAAGUUUGAAGAGAGUAAUGACAAGUCACAGCUUAUCUUUGGUUCUGUCACCAAUAUAUCAGCAAAGGAUGCUGCACCAGUAGAGAGUAUUAACACAAUGGUAGUGUUAGAAAGCAAUGGGAAUUUGGUCCUGUACACCGGAUCUGUACGGGUAGGAAAGGUUUUCAUUCAGGGGUUGCCUGCCCCAUCUCUCAGCAUGUCAAAUCCUAUGCCGCGGCCAAGUACUCCUCUGGAGAGCAUCAGCACCCCUACAAAACCGCUGAACAAGCAUUUGGUUCCUAUGGAAGAAGUGACAGGAAUGCUGUCCCCAGUCCCUGAGCUCCGGGAUUCUACCAGACUCCAUGAGUCUAAUUAUAUUGAUGACUGCACUUUUCAUCAAUUUGGAACUUACAUACAUUCUGUCCGAGAUUCUGUACACAACAGGUUAACUCUGGAGCUGACCAAUGGGUCUAUGGUUAGGAUAACUAUUCCAGAUGUUGCUACGUCUGAACUUGUGAAAAAGUGUCUUCAGGUCAUUAAGUACAUCUUGCCGAAAGAAGUAGCUGUUCAGAUGCUUGUGAAAUGGUAUAACUGCCACAAUGCACCAGGAGGCCCCAGUAAUCACUCCGAGUGGAACCUGUUUGUUACCUGCCUCAUGAAUAUGAUGGGAUACAACACUGACAAACUGUCCUGGACUCACAAUCUUGACUUCGAAGGCUCAUUGUCACCAGUGAUUGCUCCUAAGAAGCCCCGACCAUCGGAAACUGGAUCUGAUGAGGAUUGGGAGUACCUGAUAAAUUCGGACUAUCACCGUAAUAUUGAGUUCCAUGUUUUGGCUAAAGCGUUGCAAUUGGAUCCUGUGGAAGAGCCUACCUGUAAAGAAGAUAACCAGCAAGUUGUUAGUCUGGACUCCACUGCUCUUCUCUUCAGUCAUAUCCCAGCCAUUUUCUAUGUUCUUCAUCUCGCCUAUGAGGAGCUUAAACUGAACACAUUAAUGAGAGAGGGCAUCCGUUCCCUGGUCACCCUGCUCCUGCAGCUAGCAAGGGAUUUGAAGUUGCCGGCUUACACUGAUUUUUACUUCAGAGACUAUCCAGCUCUUCUCAGGAACUCAGGGCAAAUGUGCUGCAUGGAGCCAACUCAGAUAGGUUUCAUGAGUUACCCGUCAUUUUUUACUUCUGAUCCACCAAGUAUUUAUCAGUGGCUGAGCUCUUGUCUGAAAGGAGAAAAACUGUCAGCUUACCCACACCUUCCUGGGAUAUGUGAAAGAAGCAAGCUUGUAGUACUGAGUUUUGCUUUGUAUAUUCUUGGUGAUGAGAAUGCUGUUGCAAAUGGGAUAACAAAGUACCUGACCAAAAUAACAGCAGGGCAAAGAAAACAGCAAAUGGAAGGAGACAGAAGGUAUAGCUUAAAGCCCAUUCCAUCUGUAUCCAGUCUUUCAGAAAAAUUGGCGGUGUGGAUGACUAAUAUAGGAUUUUCUCUCCAAGAUUUGGAGUCCCUUCCAUUUGGAGUUGCUCUUCCUAUUCGACAUGCCAUCUAUCAGUGUCGACAAAAACCUGCUUCUGACUGGCCGGAAGCAGUUUGCCUUCUCAUUGGACGUCAAGACCUUUCCAAGCAAGCCUGUCAAGGGAACUUUCCGCAAGCCAAAUCUUCGUCUACAGCUCAGGUUCCAUCCGCAGAAGUUCCUCCUGCAGGGGAGCCAGAAGAAGAGGAUGAUGGGAUGAAUGACUUGAACCAAGACGUGAUGUCAUUGAUCUGGAGUGAAGACCUAAGAGUUCAGGAGGUGCGAAGACUUUUUCAAAGUUCCCAUCCAGUGCGUGUAAAUGUUGUUCAGACACCAGAAGUAAGCGACCAUGAGUACAUAGAAGAGAAAGAAAACAGAUUGUUACAGCUAUGUCAGAGGACCAUGGCUUUACCUGUGGGCCGAGGGAUGUUCACUUUAUUUUCCCAUCACCCAGUUCCGACAGAGCCGCUUCCCAUUCCAAAACUGAACCUCACAGGAAGAGCGCCACCCAGAAACACAACUGUGGAUCUCAAUAGUGGAAACAUUGAUGUACCACCGAAUAUGGCUUGUUGGGCCAGUUUCCACAAUGGGGUGGCUGCAGGUCUAAAAAUUGCCCCUGCCUCCCAGAUAGACUCUGCUUGGAUCGUUUACAACAAACCUAAAAAUGCAGAGCUGGCUAAUGAGUAUGCUGGAUUUCUCAUGGCAUUGGGUUUAAAUGGGCAUCUCACCAAGCUGGCCACAUUGAAUAUACACGACUACUUAACAAAGGGCCAUGAGAUGACCAGCAUUGGACUGCUGCUUGGGGUUUCAGCAGCCAAACUUAGUACAAUGGACAUCUCCAUUACACGACUUCUUAGCAUUCACAUCCCAGCUCUCUUACCUCCGACAUCCACGGAGCUGGAUGUACCCCACAAUGUGCAGGUGGCUGCAGUGAUUGGCAUUGGUAUGGUGUACCAGGGAACCGCACACCGACAUAUUGCAGAAGUUUUACUGGCUGAAAUAGGUCGCCCCCCAGGACCUGAAAUGGAGUACUGCACAGAUCGCGAGUCCUAUUCCCUGGCAGCUGGUCUGGCAUUGGGUAUGGUCUGUCUAGGGCAUGGAAGCAAUUUGAUUGGCAUGUCUGACUUGAAUGUUCCAGAACAGCUAUACCAGUAUAUGGUAGGCGGACACAAGCGUUCACAUGUGGGUGUUAACCGUGAAAAACAUAAGUCGCCGAGUUAUCAGAUCAAGGAAGGAGACACUAUCAAUGUGGAUGUCACUUGCCCUGGAGCUACUCUGGCAUUAGCUAUGAUCUAUUUGAAAACCAACAACAGGUCCAUUGCCGAUUGGCUUCGAGCUCCAGAUACUAUGUAUCUUCUUGACUUUGUUAAGCCAGAGUUCCUUUUAUUAAGGACUCUUGCAAGAUGUCUCAUUUUAUGGGAUGACAUACUACCUAAUGCAAAUUGGGUAAACAGCAAUGUGCCUCAAAUCAUCACGGCCAAUAGUGUUUCACUUCAUGCUGCAGAGCAACCUGCCUCUGAGGAUUUGAACCUGGAAACAUUGGCACAAGCUCAUGUGUACAUAAUUGCUGGAGCUUGUCUAGCUUUAGGCUUUCGAUUUGCUGGCUCUGCAAAUCUCGCUGCUUUCAACUGUCUGUGCAAAUUUGCUAAAGACUUUGAAUGUUUGUCUGGACAAGCCGGUACCACAACAGGUCAUUAUAACCUAGAGACGUGUCUGAGUGUGGUUCUAUUAUCUCUUUCCAUGGUGAUGGCUGGCUCUGGCAAUCUCCGAGUUCUGCAGCUGUGCCGAUUUAUGCACAAGAAGACUGGUGGUGAGAUGAACUAUGGCUUCCACCUGGCGCACCACAUGGCCCUAGGACUGUUGUUCUUGGGAGGUGGAAGGUAUUCGCUAAGCACUUCAAAUUCUUCAAUAGCAGCUCUGCUAUGUGCGCUGUAUCCUCAUUUUCCAGUUCACAGUACAGAUAACAGGUAUCACCUUCAAGCAUUACGUCAUCUCUACGUGCUGGCUGCGGAGCCGAGGCUUCUGGUCCCUGUGGAUGUGGACACAAAUUCCCCUUGUUACGUCCUGCUAGAGGUCACAUACAAGGGGACUCAAUGGUAUGAAGAAACAACGGAAGAGCUCAUGGCGCCCACUCUGCUUCCAGAGUUACAUCUACUGAAACAAAUAAAAGUAAAAGGCCCCCGGUACUGGGAAAUCAUUAUUGACCUGCGUAAAGGAACUCAACAUUUGCAAGCAAUUCUGUGUAAGGAUGGUGUUCUGUAUGUAAAACUCCGGGCUGGACAGCUCUCCUAUAAAGAGGACCCUAUGGGCUGGAGAAGUCUUCUUGCUCAGACUGUUACCCAUAGAAACUCGGAGGCUCGUAGUUUUAAGCCUGAAGCUAUUUCUGCUUUCACAUCUGAUCCAGCACUCCUAUCAUUUGCAGAAUAUUUCUGUAAACCAACUACAGACAUGGGCCAGAAACAAGAAAUUUUGGACUUCUUUUCAUCAAUCUUGUAUGAGUGUGUAACUCAGGAGAACCCAGAAAUGCUUCCUGCCUACAUUGCAAUUGACCAGGCCGUGAGAAGAUUAGAAAGAAGGGAAACAACAGAAACCUUUGAACUAUGGCAGAUCAAGCUGGUUCUAGAGUUCUUCAGUUCACAGAGCCUACAGGAGAGGAUGAAGAGGAACCCCAACCGUGGGCUCUUCAUGAACUCUGAGUUUUUGCCAGUGAUGAAAUGCACCAUUGAUAAUACCCUAGACCAGUGGCUGCAAUGUGGUGGGGAUGUUUCUUUGCACUCCUAUUUAGCUGGUCAGUCUAUUGAAGACUCUCGGCUCAGUAUGUUGGCUUGUUUCUUGGUUUACUACUCUGUGCCAGCUCCAAAAGAAUUAUCCGAUGGAAGACUAGAAGGAAGUAAUAGUUUCUCUGAACUCCUCUUGAAAUUCCGAGACCUCAAGAUGCCAGCGAGAGCAUUACUUAGGCUUGCACCACUACUUCUUGGAAAUCCGCAAUCUAUGGUCCUCUAGCAACUGUGUGGAACAGAAAUUUGAAAGCUUUGGGUGAAUUUAGGUUGCCAGUGAGCUUCAUCUAAUGGAGCCUGGAUGUAGACCCAUUGCUAAUAUUGUGGUGCAGGUCAGUGUCAUAAAAGCUGUUGUCUCCCCUAGCAGUCCAGUAGAUUUAGGUGUGGCUGCUGUGGGAUACAACAUGUCUCCAUACAAUCUGAACACCAGUACCAUUACAGUUUGUGGUAGGAGGAAGGCCAAAGGGCAUGUCAUAUUUUACUAUAAUGGUGACAUUCAUAUUAAGAAGAGGAAAUCAAUUAAACAUCUAUUUCCACCAUCCUCUUCCUAGUUAUGUGACUACAAGCAAUAAUUUAAUUUACAGUUGUGAAGUGGAAUCACAUGCUGCAGGAAACAGCUGUUUGUAGGAUGCACAAAUAUUUGAAAGGCUGAAACCACAAGGGGCAUAAAAAUUUAGGAUUAGCAGUGAUUUGUUAGAUUAAGGCCAAAGUGAAGUGUGUUAUGUUCCUUAUGUCUUAAAAACGCAGUGUAUUUCUAUUAUAGGUAUCAAAUUGUGAUGCUGCAAAAUGUUUGUAUAUAAUGUUUUAUUAAAAUAAAAAUAAAAAAGA